AUGGCAUAUAGCAACAAGACUUAUUCGGAUGAUUUUAUUCUUUUAGGAUUUUCUGGGGGACAGCGUAUAUAUUCACUUUUAAUCUUAGUGAUUUAUAUGAUGAUCGUUACUGGAAAUCUAACUGUGUUUAGCAUUAUUCGGGUUGACCGUCAUCUUCAGACACCAAUGUACUUUUUCCUGAGUUGCCUAUCCAUAUUAGAUGUGUGUUACUCUACGGUCGCACUCCCGGCUAUGCUGGUCAAUGCUAUAACGGGCAACAGGAGGAUUUCCUUCAACAGGUGUUUUGCACAGCUCUAUUUCUUUGUGCUGUUUGGAGGAGCGGAAUGUCUUCUACUGGCUGCCAUGGCCUAUGACCGAUACGUGGCUAUAUGUAACCCACUGCACUAUCUGCUCAUGAUGAAUAAGUUGUUCUGCUCAUAUUUCGUGGCAGGAUGCUGGAUCUGUGGCUCUUUGAAUGCCAUGUUUCACACAUUGAUGACUUUGAAACUGACCUUCUGUAGGGACAGUCAAAUCCACCAUUUCUACUGUGACGUUCUCCCCAUGUUAGAAGCAGCUUGUAGUGAUACAGACAGCAGCCAGGUGGUGCUGCAUAUCGUCACUGUUUUUCUGGGGGUGUCCCCUUUCCUACUUGUGCUUUACUCAUACAUACAUAUAAUCUCCACUAUACUGAAAAUCCGCUCUUCUGCAGGUAGGCAGAAAGUCUUCUCCACAUGUUCCUCCCACCUCAUUGUUGUUACCAUCUUUUACACAAUGGGGGAUUUCAACUACAAUGGUCCAAUUUCUGGAGAUUCCUUUGUCAUUGUCCAAGUGUCAUCUCUUCUAUACAAUAUUUUACCUCCAUUAUUGAAUCCUUUCAUUUACUGUUUGAGAAAUGAAGAGGUGAGGAGCGCUUUGACAAAGGCAAUUAUUAGUAUAAAAAUUACUACGAGGGCGGGUCAAUAA